GCGUGGUGCCGGCCCAGGAGCCGCAGCCGCCGGGAGAGCCGCAGAGGCCAGGGCGCACGCCAUUGGUGGGCACGGCGCAGGCGCCUCCGCGGACAUGCCCCGUGUUUUGGGGGAGCGAGGCCCGGCCGCGGAGGGCGAGGGAUGCUGACGCGCAUGGGCAGACGGACCCCGGCGCCGGGGCAGCCUCACUUCCUCGCGGGACGAAGGCUGCGCUAUCACGCCAGCUGUAAUCAGCGAGCAUCUGUUGACGUGUAAGCCGCAGUCGCGUGGCGAGGAGCCUGGGCUCUGGACUCGUCACCCCGCUGGGGUCCACCCUCUGGCCGGCAGCGGAGUGACCACGCGCUCCUGCCUUCCUUGUGACUGUUCUUUCCUGUGUGAUGUGUUUUCUGAAAUCCUGAACCAUGAGUCUAGCACUUAAUGAUCUGCUUAUUUGCUGCCGUCAACUAGAACAUGAUAGAGCUACGGAACGAAGGAAAGAAGUUGAGAAAUUUAAGCAACUGAUUCGGGAUCCUGAAACUGUUCAACAUUUAGAUCGACAUUCAGAUUCCAAACAAGGAAAAUAUUUGAAUUGGGAUGCUGUUUUUAGAUUUUUACAGAAAUAUAUUCAGAAAGAAACAGAAUGUCUGAAAACAGCAAGACCAAAUGUUUCUGCAUCAACACAAGCCACAAGGCAGAAAAAAAUGCAAGAAAUCAGUAGCUUGGUUAAAUAUUUCAUCAAAUGUGCAAAUAAAAGAGCACCCAGGCUAAAAUGUCAAGAACUCUUGAAUUAUAUCAUGGAAACAGUGAAAGAUUCAUCUAAUGGUGCCAUUUAUAGAGCCGAUUGUAGCAAUAUACUGCUCAAGGACAUUCUUUCAGUGAGAAAAUACUGGUGUGAAAUAUCUCAGCAACAGUGGCUAGAAUUGUUUUCUGUGUACUUCAAGCUAUAUCUCAAUCCUUCACAAGACAUUAACAGAGUCUUAUUGGCUAGAAUCAUUCAUGCUGUGACUAAAGGAUGCUGUUCACAAACUGAUGGAUUAAAUUCCAAAUUUUUGGAUUGUUUUUCUAAGGCUAUUCAGAAUGCAAGACAGGAACAGACCUCUGCCGGUUUCAAUCAUAUCUUAGCAGCAUUUGUUAUCUUCCUCAAGGCUUUGGCUGUUAACUUUCGAAUUAAAGUGUGUGAGUUAGGAGAUGAAAUUCUUCCUACCUUUCUUUAUAUUUGGACUCAACAUAGACUUAAUGAUUCCUUAAAAGAAGUAAUUAUUGAAUUAUUUCAACUUCAAAUUUAUAUUCAUCAUCCAAAGGGAGCCAAAACCCAAGAAAAAGGUGCCUAUGAAUCAAGAAAAUGGAAAAGUAUCUUAUACAACUUAUAUGAUCUGCUAGUUAAUGAGAUAAGUCACAUAGGGAGCAGAGGGAAAUACUCCUCAGGAUCUCGUAACAUUGCUGUCAAAGAAAACUUGAUUGACUUGAUGGCAGAUGUUUGUCACCAGGUUUUUAAUGAAGAUACCAGAUCUUUGGAGAUUUCCCAGUCUUAUACUACCACACAAAGAGAAUAUGGUGUACCUUGCAAAAAGAGGAAAAUAGAAUUAGGCUGGGAUGUAAUAAAAGAUCAUCUCCAGAAGUCACAGAGUGAUUUUGAACUUGUGCCUUGGUUACAGAUUGUAAUUCAAUUAAUAUCAAAAUAUCCUGCAUGUUUACCUAACUGUGAGCUAUCACCAUUAUUGAUGAUACUAUGUCAGCUUCUACCUCAACAGCGACGUGGGGAACGUACACCAUAUGUGUUACGAUGCCUUAUGGAAAUUGCAUUGUGUCAAGGCAAGAAAUCAAACCUAGAAAGCUCACAAAAGUCAGAGUUAUUGAAACUCUGGAUUAAAAUUUGGUCUAUUACCUUUCGCAAUAUAAGUUUUGAACAAAUACAAGCUGAAAAUUUUGGCUUACUUGGAGCCAUAAUUCAAGGGAGCUUAGUUGAGAUUGACAGAGAAUUCUGGAAGUUAUUUACUGGGUCAGCCUGCAGACCUUCAUGUCCUGUGAUAUCCUGUUUGACUUUGGCACUGACCACCUGUGUAGUUCCAGAAACAGUAAAAAUGGGAAUGGAGCAGAAUAUAUGCGAAGUAAACAGAAGUUUUUCUUUAAAGGAAUUGAUAAUGAAAUGGCUCUUACUCUAUCAGUUAGAAGAUGACUUUGAAAACAGUACAGAGCUGCCCCCAAUUCUUCACAGUAAUUUUCCUCAUCUUGCACUGGAGAAAAUUCUUGUGAGUCUCACUAUGAAAAACUGUAAAGCUGCAAUGAAUUUUUUCCAGAGUGUGCCAGAAUGUGAACAGCAUCAAAAUGAGAAAGAAGAGCCUUCAUUCUCAGCAGUUGAAGAACUAUUUCUUCAGACAACUUUUGACAAGAUGGAUUUUUUAGCUGUUGUGGAAAAAUGUGCAAUAGAAAAGCACCAAUCUAGUAGAGGCUUUUCUGUCCACCCAAAUCUCAAGGAAUCACUGGAUCGCUAUCUUCUGGGAUUGUCAAAACAGCUUCUAAAUAACUAUUCAUCUGAGACUUCAAAUACAGAAAUGCUUGUCCGGUGUUCAAGUCUUUUGGUGGGUGUUCUUGGUUGCUAUUGUCAUAUGGGUGUAAUAACUGAAGAGGAAGCAUAUAAAUCAGAAUUAUUCCAGAAAGCCAAGUCUUUAAUGCAGUGUGCUGGAGAAAGUGUUACUCUGUUUAAAAAUAAGAUAAAUGAGGAAUCUAGAAUUGUUUCAUUGAGAAAUAUGAUGCAUCUCUGUACAAGUUGCUUAUGUAACUGUAAUAAGCACAGUCCAAAUAAGAUUGCAUCUAACUUUUUCCUACGAUUGUUAACAUCAAAGCUAAUGAAUGAUAUUGCUGAUAUUUGUAGAAGUUUAGUCUCCUUUAUAAAAAAGCCACUUGACUAUGGACAAGUAGAAUCAGUAGGAGAUGACACUGAUGAAAAUGUAAAGGAGAUGGAGAAUCAGUCAUCCAUGAGUGUGUUUACUAGUUACCCUGCUAGUAGUGUUAGUGAUGCAAAUGAAUCUGGAGAGAGCCAGCUUACUAUUGGUGCCAUGAAUCCCUUAGCUGAGGAACAUCUGUCGAAACAAGAUCUGCUUUUUUUAGACAUGCUCAAGUUCUUGUGCGUAGGUGUAACCACAGCUCAGACCAGUCCUGUGUCAUUUAGAGCAGUUGAUAUUCGGAGGAAAUUGUUAAUGUUAAUUGAUCCUAGUAUACUAGAUCUUACCAAAUCUCUUCACCUACACAUGUAUCUAGUGCUUUUAAAGGAGCUUCCUGGAGAAGAAUAUCCUUUGCCAAUGGAAGAUGUUGUUGAACUUCUGAAACCACUAUCCAAAUUGUGUUCUUUAUAUCGCCGUGACCAAGAUGUUUGUAAAACAAUUUUAAACCACAUCAUUCAUAUAGUGGGGAACCUAUGUCAAGGCAAUAUGGAUUCUGAGAACACAAAGGAUGCUCAAGGACAGUUUCUAACAGUUAUUGAAGCAUUUUGGCAAUUAAUCAAGGAGGGGAAAUGCAUAUUCUCUGUAAGAAUGGCACUAGUAAAAUGCCUGAAAACUUUGCUUGAGGCUGAUCCUUAUUCAGAAUGGGCUAUUCUUAAUUCAGCGGGAAAAACCUUUUCUGUAAAUGAAGUAUUUCCACAAUUUCUUGCUGAUAAUGACCACCAAGUCCGCAUGUUGGCUGCAGAAUCAAUCAAUAGGUUAUUUCAGGAUAUGAAGCAAACAGGUUCUUCCACGUUAUUGAAAGCACUUCCUUUGAAGCUUCAGCAAACAGCUUUUGAAAAUGCGUACCUGAAAGCUCAGGAAGGAAUGAGAGCAGUGUCCCACAGUGCUGAGAACCCUGAACUUUUGGAUGAGAUUUAUAAUAGAAAAGCUGUUUUACUGAUGACGAUGGCUGUGGUUUUAUACUGUAGUCCUGUCUGUGAAAAACAAGCUUUGUUUGCCCUAUGCAAGUCUGUAAAAGAUAAUGGAUUAGAACCUCACCUCAUUAAAAAGGUUUUAGAAAAAGUUUCUGAAACUUUUGGAUAUAGACAUUUAGAAGACUUCAUGGCUUCUCACUUGGAUUAUCUGGUUUUGGAAUGGCUAAAUCUUCAAGAUACGGAACACAGCUUAUCUGCUUUCCCUUUUAUUUUGUUAAACUACACAAACAUUGGGGAUUUCUAUAGAGAAGAAAAUUUUGAAGAUGGAAAGAUUGACCAUUUAUUCAUUACUAAUUUACCAGAGAUUGUGGUAGAGUUACUGAUGACGUUACAUGAACCUGGGACUGCUGGUGCCAACCAAAGCACUGACCUCUGUGACUUUUCAGGGGAUUUGGAUCCUGCUCCUAAUCCACCUCAUUUUCCAUCACAUGUGAUUAAAGCAACAUUUGCCUAUAUCAGCAGUUGCCAUAAAACCAAGUUUAAAAGCAUUUUAGAAAUUCUUUCCAAAAGCCCUGAUUCCUAUCAGAAAAUUCUUUUAGCCAUAUGUGAACAAGCCACAGAGACAAAUAAUGUUUAUAAAAAGCACAGAAUUCUUAAAAUAUAUCACCUGUUUGUUAGUUUAUUACUGAAAGAUAUAAAAACUGGCUUAGGAGGAGCUUGGGCCUUUGUUCUUCGAGAUGUUAUUUAUACUUUGAUUCACUAUAUCAACAAAAGGCCUUCUCGUUUUAUGGAUGUGUCAUUGCGUAGCUUCUCCCUUUGUUGUGAUCUGUUAAGCCACAUUUGCCGCACCGCAGUGACUUGCUGUAAGGAUGCUUUAGAAAAUCAUCUUCAUGUUAUUGUUGGUACACUGAUACCCCUUGUGGAUAGUCACAUGGAAAUUCAGGAGCAGGUAUUGGACUUGUUGAAAUACUUAGUGAUCGAUAACAAGGACAAUGAAAACCUCUAUAUGAUGAUUAAACUUUUAGAUCCUUUUCCCGACCACGUUGUCUUUAAGGAUUUGCGUAUUACUCAACAGAAAAUCAAGUACAGUAGAGGACCCUUCUCACUCUUGGAGGAAAUUAAUCAUUUUCUCUCAGUAAGUGUUUAUGAUGCACUUCCAUUGACAAGGCUUGAAGGAUUGAAGGAUCUUCGAAGACAGCUAGAACAACAUAAAGAUCAGAUGGUGGAGCUCAUGAGAGCCUCUCAAGGUAACCCACAAGAUGGCAUAAUGGUGAAGCUGGUUGUCAGCUUGUUACAGUUAUCUAAGAUGGCGUUAAAUCACACUGGUGAAAGAGAAGUUUUAGAGGCUGUUGGGAGCUGCUUGGGAGAAGUUGGUCCUGUAGAUUUUUCUACGAUAGCUAUACAACAUAGUAAAGAUACAUCUUAUAUUAAGGCCCUUGAGUUAUUUGAAGAUAAAGAACUUCAGUGGACCCUCGUAAUGCUGACCUACCUGAAUAACACAUUGGUAGAAGAUUGUGUCAAAGUGCGAUCAGCUACUGUUACCUGCUUGAAAAAUAUUUUAGCCACAAAGACUGGCCAUAGUUUCUGGGAGAUUUACAAGACGACUACUGAUCCCAUGCUGAUCUAUCUACACCCUUUUAGAACAUCGAGGAAAAAGUUUUUAGAGGUACCCAGACUUGACAGAGACAACCCUUUAGAGGGUUUGGAUGAUACAAGCCUGUGGAUUCCUCAAAAUGAAAGUCAUGAUGUUUGGAUAAAGUCACUGACUUGUGCGUUUUUGGAUAGUGGAAGCAUAAAAAGUGAAAUUCUUCAGUUAUUAAAGCCACUGUGUGAGGUGAAAGCUGACUUUUGUCAGACCGUGCUUCCAUACCUGAUUCAUGAUGUUUUACUUCAAGAUGCAAAUGAAUCAUGGAGAAAUCUGCUUUCUAUGCACAUUCAGGGAUUUUUCACUAACUGUUUCAGAUACUCCUCACAAACGAACCGAUCCAUGACCCCUGCAAGUUUGGAUUCAGAGCCAGAGCACUUUUCCCGAUGUUGCUUGGAUAAAAGAUCACAAAGAACAAUGCUUGCUGUUGUGGACUACCUGAGGAGACAAAAGAGAUCUUCCUCAGGAACAGUGUUUGAUGAUGCUUUCUGGCUGGAGUUGAAUUAUCUAGAAGUUGCCAAGGUAGCCCAGUCUUGUGCUGCUCACUUUACAGCAUUACUCUAUGCAGAAAUCUACGCAGAUAAGAAAAACAUGGAGGAUCAAGAGAAAAGAAAUCUCGUAUUUGAAGAGGGAAGCCAAAGCACAACCAUUUCUAGCUUGAGUGAAAAAAGUAAAGAAGAAACUGGAAUAAGUUUGCAGGAUCUGCUCUUAGAAAUCUACAGAAGCAUAGGGGAGCCAGACAGUCUGUAUGGCUGUGGCGGAGGGAAAAUGCUACAACCCCUUACUAGACUACGAACAUAUGAACAUGAAGCAAUGUGGGAGAAAGCCCUAGUAACAUAUGACCUUGAGACAGCAAUCUCUUCGCCAACCCGCCAGGCAGGCAUCAUUCAGGCCUUGCAGAAUUUGGGACUAUGUCAUAUUCUUUCUGUCUACUUAAAAGGAUUAGAUGAUGAAAAUAAAGAGUGGUGUGCUGAACUACAGGAACUUCAUUACCAAGCAGCAUGGAGGAAUAUGCAAUGGGACCACUGCAUUUCUGUUAACAAAGGAAUAGAAGGAACCAGUUACCACGAAUCAUUGUACAAUGCUUUGCAGUCUCUGAGAGAUAGAGAAUUCUCCACAUUUUAUGAAAGUCUCAAAUAUGCCAGAGUAAAAGAAGUGGAAGAGUUGUGUAAGGGCAGCCUGGAGUCUGUGUAUUCACUGUACCCCACACUUAGCAGAUUGCAGGCCAUUGGAGAGCUCGAAAGCAUUGGGGAGCUUUUCUCAAGAUCAGUCGUGGAAAGGCAACCCUCUGAAGUAUACAUUAAGUGGCGGAAGCACUCCCAGCUUCUCAAAGACAGUGAUUUCAGUUUUCAGGAGCCGAUCAUGGCUCUGCGCACAGUCAUCCUGGAGCUCUUGAUGGAAAAAGAAAUGGAGAACUCCCAAAGAGAAUGUUUUAAGGACAUUCUCACCAAGCACCUUGUGGAACUCUCCGUACUAGCCCGAACUUUCAAGAACACCCAGCUCCCUGAAAGGGCAAUAUUCCAAAUUAAACAAUAUAAUUCAACUAGUUGUGGAGUUUCUGGGUGGCAGCUGGAGGAAGCGCAAGUAUUCUGGGCAAAGCAGGAGCAGAGCCUUGCCCUGAAUAUUCUCAAGCAAAUGAUCAAGAAGUUGGAUGCCAGUUGUUCCAAGGAUGAUCCCAACCAAAAACUUAUAUACACAGAAUGUCUGAGGGUUUGUGGCAACUGGUUAGCAGAAACUUGCUUAGAAAAUCCUGCAGUCAUCAUGCAGACCUAUCUAGAAAAGGCAGUAGAAGUUGCUGGAAAUUACGAUGGAGAAAGCAGUGAUGAGCUCAGAAAUGGACAAAUGAAGGCAUUUCUCUCAUUAGCACGGUUCUCAGAUACUCAGUACCAGAGGAUUGAAAACUACAUGAAAUCAUCAGAAUUUGAAAACAAACAAGCUCUCCUGAAAAGGGCUAAAGAGGAAGUGGGCCUUCUUAGGGAACAUAAUAUUCAGAGCAAUAACAGAUACACAAUAAAGGUUCAGCGAGAGCUGGAGCUGGAUGAAUGUGCCCUCCGUGCUCUGAAAGAGGAUCGGAAGCGUUUCUUAUGUAAAGCUGUUGAAAAUUACAUCAGUUGCCUGUUAAGUGGAGAAGGGCAUGAUAUGUGGAUAUUUCGUCUAUGUUCUCUCUGGCUUGAAAAUUCUGGAGUUUCUGAAGUCAGUGGCAUGAUAAAGCGAUAUGGAAUGAAGAUUCCAUCAUAUAAAUUUUUGCCUCUUAUGUACCAACUGGCUGCUAGAAUGGGGACCAAGAUGACGGGAGGCCUAGGAUUUCAUGAAAUCCUCAAUAAUCUCAUCUCUAGAAUUUCAAUGGAUCACCCCCAUCAUACUUUGUUUAUUAUAUUGGCCUUAGCAAAUGCGAACAAAGAUGAAUCUUUGACAAAAUCAGAGGCAGCAAGAAGGAGUAGAAUAACUAAAAAUGCACCUAAACAGAGCUCUCAGCUUGAUGAGGAUCGAACUGAGGCUGCAACCAAAAUUAUAAGUGCUAUCAGAAGUAGGAGACCCCAGAUGGUCAGGAGUGUUGAGACACUUUGUGAUGCCUAUAUUAUAUUAGCAAACUUUGAUGCCACUCAGUGGAAGACUCAGAGAAAAGGCAUAAAAAUUCCAGCCGACCAGCCAAUUACUAAACUUAAGGACUUAGAAGAUGUUGUUGUUCCUACUAUGGAAAUUAAGGUGGACCCCACAGGAGAAUAUAGAAACCUGGUGACUAUACAGUCAUUCAAAGCAGAAUUUCGUUUAGCAGGAGGUGUAAAUUUACCAAAAAUAAUAGAUUGUGUGGGCUCUGACGGCAAGGAAAGGAGACAGCUUGUCAAGGGCCGUGAUGACCUGAGACAAGAUGCUGUCAUGCAGCAGGUUUUCCAGAUGUGUAAUACGUUGCUGCAGAGAAACACUGAGACCAGGAAGAGGAAGUUGACUAUCUGCACAUACAAGGUGGUUCCCCUUUCUCAGCGAAGUGGUGUUCUCGAAUGGUGCACAGGAACUGUCCCUAUUGGUGAAUUUCUUGUUAACAAUGAGAAUGGUGCUCAUAAAAGAUACAGACCAAACGAUAUCAGUGCCUAUCAAUGCCAGAAGAAAAUGAUGGAUGCGCAAAAGAAGUCUUAUGAAGAGAAAUAUGAAACAUUCAUGGAUAUUUGUAAGAAUUUUCAACCAGUGUUCCGUUAUUUCUGCAUGGAAAAAUUCUUGGACCCAGCUGUUUGGUUUGAGAAACGAUUGGCCUAUACUCGCAGUGUGGCUACUUCUUCUAUUGUUGGUUACAUACUUGGACUUGGUGAUAGACAUGUACAGAAUAUCUUGAUAAAUGAGCAAUCAGCAGAACUUGUACAUAUAGAUUUAGGGGUUGCUUUUGAACAGGGUAAAAUCCUUCCUACUCCGGAAACAGUGCCUUUUAGACUCACCAGAGAUAUUGUGGAUGGGAUGGGCAUUACUGGUGUUGAAGGUGUCUUCAGAAGAUGCUGUGAGAAAACCAUGGAGGUGAUGAGAAACUCUAAGGAAACACUGUUAACCAUUGUGGAGGUCCUCCUGUAUGAUCCUCUCUUUGACUGGACCAUGAAUCCUCUGAAAGCUCUGUAUUUACAGCAGAGGCUGGAAGAUGAAACUGAGCUUCACGCCUCGCCCAAUGCAGAUGACCGAGAAUGCAAACGAAACCUCAGUGAAAUGGACCAGAGUUUCAACAAAGUAGCUGAGCGUGUCUUGAUGAGACUGCAAGAGAAACUAAAAGGAGUGGAGGAAGGAACUGUGCUCAGUGUGGAUGGACAAGUGAAUUUGCUCAUACAACAGGCCAUGGACCCCAAAAACCUCAGCCGACUUUUCCCAGGAUGGAAAGCGUGGGUGUGAUAUCUGGCAUAUGAAAUUCCCUUGGAUUCAACCUUCAGAGGUUAUAUGUUGGCCUUUAUUUUUGACCCACCUCCAUACUUUGAAUAUAUGGUAUUAAUAUUAGCUAAGCGAACUACUUACUGUGUUGUUUAAAAAGUGUUUCAUAUUCGCUUCAAUCACCUAAAGUUGCUUUGAGAUCUCAAGGGACAUCUCUACUUGCACACUUUAGAAAUAAUUAUCAUUCAUGCUCUACUUCUAGGCUAAACAUUCUCCUCAAAUUCAUGCCUGUAUCAUUUCCGGUAGAGUCACUGACUUAUUUAUGCUGAAAAUGGAAGCAGAGGAAUGCCUGAAUAUCACUGACAGUUUCUCCUGCCUUAUAUAUUAGAACCACUGGUUUUAAUUAACAUUUGUUUCCCAGAUAUUACAUAUGAAUGAAAAUUAUUUGAUAUUAACAUAUAAAAGGAAGAAAAAAAUUCAAAAUUGUAACCAUCAGGGUAAAAACAACCUUAAAAAUAAGAAACAAUGUUGGAAACAGUAGCAUUUAAUAGGUUUGGGUUUUUAGUAGCAAGAUCACUCAAUGUUACUGAAUAAAAAGUUGUAUGGAGAAAAAA